AUGGUCUCAGUUGAUUAUGCAGGUCCUGUUUUCAUCAAAGCCGGAUCCAAACGAAGACCAAUUUAUCAGAAGGCGUACAUUGCUAUAUUUGUCUGCUUGCAAACCAAAUCCUGCCAUAUAGAAGUAGUAUCUGAUUUACCAGCUGAAGCAUUCGUCGCAGCACUACGUCGAUUCGUGGCGAGACGAGGAAAACUACGUCAAAUUUGGAGUGACAAUGCAACAUGUUUUACUCGAGCAAAUAAAGAUCUCAAGGAUUUUUAUGACUGCUUAAAGGAAGCAGAGACACAAGCGACUAUUGCCAAUUUUUGUUCUACACAAGGCAUACAGUGGAAUUUCAGCCUUCCUACAGGCCCUCAUCAUGGCUCAGUAUGGGAAAACGGUGUCAAGGCAUGCAAGUAUCAUCUCAAGAGGAUUGUCGGUGAAACCAAACUGAACUUUGAAGAACUAACUACGUGUCUAUGCCAAAUCGAAGAACUCUAG